GACAUCCGUUAGAUCUCGUGGAAGCUUAGGUGAAAGAGAGAGCGCGAGCAAGACCGUCCGGUGGAGAGGGUUAGAGGCUUAGCGCAAAACUCAAAAUCUCUCUCUCUCUCUCUCUAGUUUGUGUUUGAGGUGUUGUCACUUAUCAGGUUUCUCGGCUUCUGAAAGCUAGCUGGUACUUGUUUGGUGAAAAUAGCUUUCUCGAGAAAGUUUGUAUAGAAUGGGAAGAUUAACGAGAAUGCCACUGUACCUAACGCCGGUAGAGUUAGGAGCUCUGGUAGGCAACUGGUGGAACGAUAUCAACGAUUCUUCGGAGUGGCAGGACGGGAUCUUCUUUACUCUAUGUGCUGCUUACGCGCUUGUCUCUUCUGUUGCUCUGAUACAAUUAAUAAGAAUCGAGUUAAGAGUGCCUGAGUAUGGUUGGACGACGCAGAAGGUUUUCCAUCUUAUGAAUUUCAUUGUUAAUGGAGUACGUGCUAUCGUGUUUGGAUUUCACCUUCAAGUGUUUAAUUUGCAUCCCAAGGUACUGACAUGGAUACUAUUGGACCUUCCUGGACUUCUGUUCUUCUCUACAUACACACUACUUGUCCUCUUUUGGGCAGAGAUAUAUCACCAGGCUAGAAGUUUACCAACCGAUAAACUGAGGAUUGUUUAUAUCUCAGUUAAUGCUGCAAUAUACUUUAUACAGGUGUGCAUCUGGGUAUAUCUCUGGAUAGAUGAAAACAUGGUGGUGCAAUUCAUUGGGAAGAUAUUUAUUGCAGUGGUAUCAUUUAUUGCUGCACUAGGUUUCUUGCUAUAUGGAGGAAGAUUAUUUUUCAUGCUUAGACGCUUCCCUAUCGAAUCCAAAGGGAGAAGAAAGAAGCUUCAUGAGGUUGGAUCUGUUACAGCCAUUUGUUUCACCUGCUUCCUGAUACGGUGCUUUGUGGUUGUUCUAUCUGCUUUUGAUACAGAUGCAUCACUGGAUGUUUUGAAUCACCCAGUUUUGAAUUUGAUCUACUAUAUGUUGGUUGAGAUCCUACCUUCUGCUUUGGUCCUAUACAUCCUGCGGAAGUUGCCUCCCAAGAGAAUUUCUGCCCAAUAUCAUCCUAUCCGGUAGUACGACGGUCCUUUUUCUCUUCUCAUCUAACCCCCCUCUCCCUCCCCCGUCAAAAGAAAGGGGGUUUGUAAUGUUUUGAGAGUUGAAAAAGAGAAGCAAAGCCAGACGGACAAUCCAGAUGUAUUGUUCUGGCAAUGCUCAUGUUGUCUAGGCAAUUUUUCUACAUGCAUAUGAGGAAGCUGUAUGAAGCUUGCUGAAGGGGAUUAUUUUUUUUCUGGGAUCUUCAUGGCAUAUGUUUAGAAUUGGUUUAUUUGAUGUAAUUUAUUUGGUCGACAGUUUGAAAUAGGAAAUUUUCCCAUUGUUUAUUGUGGUUGCGGCUUCUCUCGCGUCUAGUGGGUAGACAGUGAUUGUGGUGUGUGAUAAAAGGUUUUUGACCGAAAUGUUGUACAUUUUUUCCUCGUUAGUAGCAUUUGGUUUCCAGAUUGUUAGUUUUUUCCCUGUAGAAAUUAAGUUAAUGUUAAGUUAUUUAUCUUCAUUUUUUA